AUGUCUUCCCUACCACUCGUCGAACUCUCACACAAACUGAGCGGAACUCUUCUCGCACUCACCAGUAUCGUCAACUAUAUUCUUAUCUAUCUCACUUUGUUCCACGCGCAUAAUUUGUUUGGCACAUAUCGCCAUUUGAUUGUUACCUUUGCAGUUUUCGGAAUAUUUUAUUCAUGCUUGGAGUUUCUAACAAAACCGGUAAAACAUCAACAUUCUUGACUUGAUUAUAGGCGUUUCCAUUCAGAUUCUACACCUUCACAAGUCGUCGUUAGUCCUCUUCACUCUAGAAUCACCGCUAAGAGCUUCUGAUUUCGUCACCACCGUCAUGCUAGGCAACCAAUCCAAUUUCACUUCCUAUUCGCUCACAUCAUACCCUUUCAGCCAGUUUCACAGGAUUCCACUUCUCAAUUCUGACCCUUCUAUGCGUUCAAUUCCUCUACAGAUACUGGUCAAUGUUCGAGUGAGUCACUGGCCGAAAACCACAAGAGCAUAGAUUUUUCAGCUGUCGGAAGGUUCGACUGUUCGCCAAAAACAGAAUUGUUUAUUGGAUACUCGGAGUUAUUUUGAGCGGUUGUCUCUGGGUUUUCUUCUCCUAUCACGCCAUGUCGUGCGAUUCUUUCAGCAGAUUCUAUUUGAAAUCGGAAUUCUGGGAAAAGUAUCGUGUGGACACGAGUUAUCUGAAUUGCAUUAGUCUCGUUUAUGUGGAUCACACAGACCCGAAUGAGACAAAGAUCCGUUGGGCCGGUGUGACGUAUCUUUUUGUGAUUUCUGUCCUUCUGGUAAUUGUUUUUUCUUCUUCGAUAAAGUCAUUAUGACGUCCGAAAUUCAGACUACGAAGCUAUCCAUUAUGAUGUAUUGCGGACUGAAAAUGGCGGCGAAAGUGAACAAGAGAUCAAACUUUCGUUCAUCGAAACAUCACAAGCAACACGCAUACUUUUUGAAAUCAUUAUUUGUGCAGGUUCCGAAGAAAAACAUGUAUGUUACGUUACGAUCGUUUUUGUUUUCAUUUCAGCUCGCCGCUCCCAUCGCGAUUGUGUAUCUUCCGACACUCUUCCUUUCGUAUGCGCCACUUUUGAACAUUGUGAUCAGUGUCCCCAGCGGAAUUAUUGUCGUACUUUUUGCAAUUUACCCGGCUAUCGAUGGAAUCAUCGUGCUGGUGAUAGUGGCAGAUUACCGGAUCGCAUUGAAAAGUGGGACUAAUGCAAUCAAUGUACAGGGAAACGUUGAAUUCCUUCCAGAAGCAUUCCGCUGUGCAACUUCGUUUAUGAGGAACUCCUAUAGACAGGACUCGAUAAAAUUAUAUAAUUAG